AUGGAUAAUGGUGACAAUAAUCAUAAAAUGGGUUUUUUUGGAGCCAGUUCAUAUGUUAUUGGAAAUAUUAUUGGUUCAGGAAUUUUUAUAACACCAAGUUCAAUUUUAAGGUGCUCAGGUUCUGUUGGAGUUUCAUUAAUAAUAUGGAUUGGUUGUGCUAUAAUAGCAAUAUUAGGAUCAUUAUGUUAUAUUGAAUUAGGUACUAGUAUUAGAGAAGCAGGAUGUGAUUUUGCAUAUAUUUGUUAUGUUAAAUGGUACCCAAUAGCAUUUGCCUUUAUGUGGGUUUCUGUUUUAAUGACAUAUCCAGCAACAAUAGCUAUUAUAUCUGAAACAUUUGGACAAUAUUUAAUAGAAGGUCUUAAACAAGUUUAUGAUAUUGAUAAGAAUUAUUUACCAUUAUUACAAAAAUUAUUUGCUUUCUCUCUUCUUUUAUUAGUUAUGUGGAUGAAUUUUUUUUCAUUAUCUAAAUUUGCAGCUAAAUUUCAAGUUAUAGCCACAUUUGCUAAAUUAAUUUCAUGUGCUUUAGUAAUUAUAACUGGUUUUUAUUUUUAUUUUUUUCAUGGAUGGACUGAAAAUUUAGAUGAUAUGUGGAAUGAAUCAAAAUAUGAUACUGGUAGUCUUGUUAUGGCAUUUUAUGGUGGUUUAUGGGCUUACUCAGGUUGGGAUAUUCUUAAUUAUGGUGCUGGUGAAAUAAAAAAUCCUAAAAAAAAUGUACCAUUAGCAUUAUUAUCUGGAAUAAUUGUUGUUGCAACUAUUUAUAUAUUUAUAAAUAUUGCUUAUUUUGUAGCAUUAGAUGCAGAAACAAUGAAAUCAUCUAAUGCUGUUGCUGCUUUAUUUUCAGCAAAAACUUUAGGAUCAUUUUCUGAAUUUAUUCCAUUUUUAAUUGGAAUUUUAUUAUUAGGUUCAUUAAAUUCUAAUCUUUUUUCUGGAUCAAGAUAUAUGUAUGCUGCUGCUAAACAAGGUCAUUUACCAGCAUGUUUUUCGUGUAUUAAUAAAGCUACAGAAUCUCCAAGAGUUGCUGUUUUUGCUCAAACAAUUCUUGCAAUGGGUAUUAGUUUCAUUGGAGAUUUAGAUUCAUUAAUAGCAUAUUGUAUGUUUGGAUUUUGGGCACAAAGAAUUUUUACAUUAGUUGCAUUAUUAGUAAUUAGAUAUAAAAUGAUUCCUGUUCAUGCAGAUGCUGUUCGUAUGCCAUUAUGGGUUCAUUAUACAUUUUUAAUAAUUACGGUUAUCUUAGUAAUUAUACCUAUUUUUCAAGAAUUUCAUGUAACAGUACUUGGAUUAACUUUAUGUGGUAUAGGUUUUGUCUUUUAUUAUCUUUUAAUACAUUCAGAUAAUUUACCAUUAUUUUUUUAUAAAAUAAAUAAUUAUACAACACUUGUUGCUUGUAUUAUAUUUGAUUGCCUUCCAGAUGUCAAAACAAUUAUGCCUGUUGUAAGAUUAAAAACAAGUUCAUCUAAAAUAUUGUUAAAUGGAGAUUCACAAAACAAAUUACUGUUAGAGGAUACUUCACUUUCCUCAAUAACAAAUAUAACAGAUCUAAGUCAAUCAACACCAGUUGAUGCCACUGUUCCAGAUUUACAUUCUGAUGAAAAAAAUAUAGCAGUUAGAACACAUUCUUUUAGUAGAAAAAUAUGGUAG